GAGAUCUUUUUUCUAUUAUCAAUUAACAAAAUAAAUGUUUUAUAUUUUUGUUACUAACUUUAAAAUAAAAAGCUUACUAAAAACUAGAUUUAUCUUGCUGUGUAGAAAUAGAAAGAAAUAAUUUCACAGAUUUUCCUGAUAUUCUGCAUAGAUUUGAUAUGCUUUUUCUUUGGAGAGUAAAAUAUUGUUAACGCAUUGUACACAAUAUAUCUUUUAGUAUUUCUAGUUUUUUAGUUAUGCAAAUUUAAAAAGAGUUUUACGUAAUAACAUUAUGUGUACAUAAAAUAAUUAUGUCUUUCUAAAGAAUCAUAUUUCUCUGUCAUAUUUUUUGUGCAGUACUUUAAUAUUAUUGUAGUGACAUCCAUUAUUUCUAUCAAAUUUGUAGCGACUAUAUCGAUAUAUGAAAAAGAAGAAAGCAGGCUAAGUAGAUGAUAAUGUAGAACUGUAGAGCUGCAACUCCAGCUUUUGCAGAAUUAAUGGGAGAUGUCGCUACCAUAACGUUAGAGCGCGGCAUCAGAUACAUGUAGCCUGCAUUUUUUUGCGACUUCAGUUUCGCUAUUUUCACGUACUUCUCUUUUUGCGCAAGAGAAGUAAUGCAAAAGAACAGGAAACCAAAGUGAGGAAAAUGCAGGGAUUCCACUGUGAACGAAUGACGGUUGUCAAGUUUUACUUCUGGACCCUGGACCUAUGAGAAAUGUGUCUCAGAGGAGCAGUUUACAGACCAAUCUUCGAAGUGCGACAAAUUUGCGGGGAGAAAUCAUGGUGCGCUUCUUACUCAUCGGUUGCAUCGUGCUGCUCGGCAUUCCCGAGAAGUCGUUUGUCUCGCCGAAUCCGACCGGUUCCCCUGAACACACGACGUCCUCCGACGUCGCGAAUUUAAGGGGGAUUGCGCAGAACGCGGCCGCGAGCAUCAAUAAUCCGGAAUCCGGCUGUCCGUGCUUGACAUCGGUCAAUAGCUCGACGAUCCCCGGACAAUCGGACUGGGCGACGCAGCAGAGGCGACAGCAUCUCGAGCAGUUGCACAGCCAGAAUGUACUGCUGCACGGUAUGCUAUGCACGUGUAGCGUGCCGACGCACAAUCCCACGAUGAGGGACGAUUAUUAUUACACGAUGGGCAUCGGCGUGCACAAGCUACACACGAGGGCCGCCACGUGGAACGACGCGAGAAAGUUCUGCAACGAGGAGGGUGGCCACCUCGCCAUUAUCAAUUCCAUCGCCGAGGAGCAUGUAUUAAUGGAGCUGUUUAAUCGCUCCGGACCGAUCAAGGGCGCGGCGUACCCGGACGAAGCCUUCUUAGGUAUACACGACCUUUAUAAGGAAGGCGAGUGGGUCACGGUGCUCGGCGAUUCGCUGGCGAAAACCGGUUAUACCAAAUGGAGCGAUAAGUGGGGCGGACAACCCGACAACGGAGGUGGCAAACAGCACUGUGGCGCUCUAAUGAAAGAGGGUGGCAUGGACGACGUCGCGUGCGACGUCUCAUUUCCAUUCCUCUGUGAACUUCCACCGAUGCGGAUUUUAAACUGAAAAAAAAAGAAAGAAAGCGACGGCUCGGCGCGUCGAGAAAUAAGCAUCGUUCGCAUAAGGUUUUUACAUGCUCUCGUGUGUAGCGUAGCGGCAGCUGCACUUUGCAUCGUUAAUAUGCGAGUUCUUUUCAAAGAACAUCAUUUCUAAUACAGAACAUUUUUUCUUGUCUUAAUUUUCUUUCUAACGCGCAGUACUUUGCUAGAAGCUUCAAAUGUUCGCCGAAGUUUGCUUUUUAUACUUUUGAAAUUUAUUCUCUACAGAAAAACAUCUAUCCACAAAAUGCUUGGCCUGUUUAAUAUUAAUAAAUAUAAAAAAUUUUUCUAUAGGACUUUUAAAUUAAAAAAGAAUUAGAAAUGUUUAUAUUAGGUAAAAAAUUCGUUCAAUGCUUUUUCUACAUGGUUUUUAUAUUAUAAUAACAACUCUUUUGUAUUAUCAAUGUACAAUUAGCGAUUUUAAUUAUUCGCUUCCGUGCAAUUCUAUUCUGAAGUUUCAAGCUUGCGAGUUUCUACGCUGUAAUACAAUGAUACUAUUACGCAUUAAAUUUACAUGAAUAGUUGCAUGAGUUUAGCAGCAGGCUGAGAGUUUCUCUGUUGCCACAACGCAACAAUCAUGUGAAUGAUAUUUAAAGAUUAACGACGCGCCAGUCGACUUUGUCGCUCCUUUGUCAAAUAAUCGAUAUUUUUUUCUAUUACUUUUUAUCGCUCGCUUAUUAAAGCCGCGGUGUAACUUACGAGUUUUUGCGAUUUAUAUUUAUAUGGAAAAUAAAGUGCGCGUUACAUUUCAGAGAAUAAAGAAUUUAUAGAAGCAUCGAUAGAGAGUGCGGCGAUGCAAAUCGAUACGGUGAGCGAUGUAAGCCGCUUGGUAUUUAUGGCGCAGCGGUGGCGCAGAGCUUUCCGAUUUUGCUGGACUGCUGCUAAAUUACGUUCAAAAUUGAGAAGCACGUGGAAAAUGAAGGCGCAACUAAUUUCGGAUGCGUAUCGUAUACGUGCCGCAAAUUAUUAUCGAGAAACCAGACGCCGCCCGAAUGGUGGAUGGUAAUCGCUAUAUCCAUAUUACAGAAAAUCUGCCGGAAUAUUAACGCGAGCGAUGGAGCGAUACGCUGAAAUUGUUACCAAUACGACAGGUGUACAUGUGUGAACGUUAUUAUCUUGUAGCACUGCACGAUUCGUAUACUCGCGUUUGCCGUUAGAACCGUCUUCCACGCCUAUAUUUUACGUUUAGAUAAUUCCUUAAUAAAAUGUGUGUAAAUAAAAACAA